AUGCGUGCAUCUUGCCUUGUUUUGUCAGUCGUUUUAGGGCUUCUCGGGUCUAGUCUUGCAGAUGAUCAAUUGGUGUUGUCGAGGAUAAAGGUGGAAGGGAUAUCUCCAAAAGAGAUUGUCACGCCGUCCUCAUCAAUCGAAGUUUUAGAAUCAAAAGAGACAUGUCCGCCAUGUUUCAAUUGCAACUUGCCAAAUUUUGAGUGCAAGCAAUUCUCAUCUUGCAACAAGUUCACGGGCAGAUGUGAGUGUCGUGAUGGGUUUGGAGGAGAUGAUUGCUCUGAGCCAGUAUGCGGUUCAUUGGCAGAUGGACCGGAUAAAAGGCCACUUCGGGACCCAGAACAGAAAUGUGUCUGCUCGGAUGGUUGGGGAGGCAUUAAUUGCAAUUUGUGCGAGGUGGAUUCCGUUUGUGACAAGUUUGUGCCUGAGGGACUAGAGGGAACAUGUUAUAAAGGAGGCAUUCUAGUUCAUCGUUUCCAUCAGAUGUGCGAUGUCACCAACAAGAAGAUUCUACAGAUCUUGGGCGGCAGAAUCCCCCAGGCCACCUUUGAUUGCAACAAAACGUCGGAGGAGUGCUCUUUCCAGUUUUGGAUUGAGCAGGAUGAGAGCUUUUUCUGCGAUCUCACCAGCUGUGACUUCCAGUAUGACUUGGGAGAGAACUCUACGCACUACAAGUGUGAGAAUGUGUCCUGCGAGUGCUUGCCAGACAAGAUGUUGUGUGGGAAAUCGGGCUCUAUUGACAUCUCUGCCUUCCUUAAGCAGACUAUCAAAGGUCCUGGAGACUUCACCUGCGAUCUAGAGUCUCACAACUGCAAAUUCUCCGAGCCCAACAUGAACAGCUUGAUUCUGAACGUGUUUGGUGAUCCGUACAUCACGCUUGACUGCGAAUCUGGUGAAUGCAUGCACUCCAGUGAGAUUCCGGGCUUCUCCAUCCCGCCAAAGGCAGGUUUCACGUACAGUGACAUGUUGAAGGUCUUUGGGGCUCUCAGUGGCAGUGUUGCCCUAUUUGGGCUCGGCUUUGUGUCGGUUAAGAAUUCAGCGUUGUUUAAAAAUGAUGCUGUUGCACUUUCCAGCGAUGAUGAAGAUGAUGAUGCUGGCUCUGGUCAGGGCAAUUCUCCAAAUCUGGCAAGUGAUCUCUUGAUGGAGGACUAUGUACCGGCCACUUUUGCCUUCGAUAGUGUCAGCUAUGCUGUCCAGGACAAGUUGAUACUUCGAGACUCGUUUGGUUUGGUCAGACCAGGCGAAGUUAUGGCUAUUAUGGGCAGUUCCGGUGCUGGAAAGACGACUCUUCUUGAUUUUUGGCCGGAAAGCACAAAAGUGGCAAGUCGCAUGGACGAUUCUUUGUGA